AUGUUUCAGCCUCUUGAAAAUACCCCCGGGCCGAGGUCUAAGGCCUAUGACGAGUUCCCAGAGGGUUUCGAGCACCCCAAGAGCGGGUUUGAUUUCCACAUCUAUUACAUUCAGAAGAACCCCGCGGCAGUGAAGUAUGCCACGGAGCUUCACGGGCGUAUCAGGAAGGAGUUCCCAGAGCUCAAGAUCUUUGCCAUGAAUGACGGGCCGGUUGGGCCGCACCCCACUGCCUCGUUCGAGGUGGACACGACCACCCCGCACGAGACUGGCGCGUUCUUCUCCUGGCUUGCGGUAAACCGUGGCCCGUGCGAUGUCUUGGUUCACCCCAACACGAACGAUACUUAUAGGGACCACACGGAGCUAGCAACGUGGAUGGGGAGACAGUGGCCAAUUUAUGACGACCUCCUUCGUGGCAAUUGA